AUGGAUAGUGUCCUCAAUAUUACUGGAUAUUACAGUAAACCAAAACUACAUAGCUGUCUACAGGUUCUCCUACUUGGUGCAUUAUUCAUAGGACUAGCAAUGUACCCAACUCUUUACACCAUGAGGCAGGUGAGAAUGAUGCAAGAAGUUAAUCAAUAUGAACCAUUCCUAUGGAAGUGGUCUAUUUCAUUCUAUAUUGGAACAAUGGUGUUUAUAUUAUCAGUCUUGCAAUCAUGGUUGUGGUAUCUUCUUGGUGAAAAUCCAAUACUUUUUGCGCUGUAUUUUAUAUUUGAUAACCAAAUUAGGUAUAUCCGGGUAUUUGGCAUCAAACCAUUUGGAGAAGCUUUACAUGAUGCAUUCUCUGUCUUCAUUGAUGACAGAGAUGUUGGUAUACCAAUAUUAACACAUAUAUAUUUACUACUUGGUUUCUCAUUACCUGUUUGGCUGUAUCCAUUACAGCAUGAUCAAGGUUGUACACUAUUGAUGUACAGUGGUGUUCUAUCAUUGGGUAUUGGGGAUACAGCUGCUGCUCUCUUUGGUUCUAUGUAUGGGCAUUAUAAAUGGCCAGGGUCCAAAAAAACUAAAGAAGGAACUGCUGCAGCAAUUGUGUUACAAAUUCUGUUUUGUUGUUUGUUGUCAUUAUGUGGAGUGAAAAUACCAAGCUGGGCAUCUGUGAUAUUUGCUGUGGUUUGCACAUCAUUAUUGGAGUCGUUUACCUCUCAAAUCGAUAACAUUAUAUUGCCAUUGUUUAUGUAUUGUGUCUUAGCUGUACUUUUAUGA